AUGAGAAUUCAUUUUAAACAAAGUGUUCUAUUAAUUAUUUGUUUGAUAUGUAUACUUAUUGGAAUUUAUUCUUGGCAUUGGUGGAAAAGAUAUAAAUUAAUUAUUAAUCGUUUUAUUCAUGCAACACCAAAAACAAAUUUAGACAAUUUAGAAGAAGCUAUUCUAUUUGAUAAUAAAUUAUUAACUAAAUGUCAACAUUUUACUCAAGGAAAACAAUCAUUUGUUGUUGAUAGUAAAGGUUAUCUUUGUGAACGUCGUCAUUUAGAAAAGACAAAUGGUUGUUGUCAAUUGAAAUCUUCAUCUAUUCGUGGUCCAUAUAUAUGUGAUAGUUGUUCAUCUACUACUCAUUGUUGUAGUUCAUUUGAACAUUGUAUAUCUUGUUGUCUUAAACCUGAUCAUCGUAUUUAUCUUCAAAAUUAUAUUCGUUCACGAGAUUUAAAAACAAGUUUACUUCUUUCACAUUUAUCUACAUCAUUUGAUAUUUGUUUAUCACGAUGUCGAACACAUAGUAAUAGUAUUCUCAAUGAUCUUGAACCAAUUUUAGCAAUUAGAACACGUGAACAAUUUCAUAAUCGUCAUCGUCAUCAAAUACUUAUUGAAUUACUUGGUACACAAUUUCAAUGGAAAUUUUUUCGAUUGGAACCUGAUAUUCCUCAUAUAUUAAUUUCACCUUAUAUGUUUGAAGACCAUCGACGUAAACUUGAAAAUGAAGCUAAAUCAUGGUUACAAAUACAAGUUUUUAAAGCAGCAGUUGACAUAGGAGCAACUGUAACAGAAGAUCAAGAUACUAAUCGAUUAUCAAAUGAUAUGAAAAAUUUUCUUGAAUAUACAUAUGAAAUAGUAUGUAAAUCAUUUGAACGUUAUUUAUAUCAAAUACAACAUAAAGAAGAAAUAAUGAAACAAGAAGAAGAAGAAGAAAAAAAAUUACAAGAAAUAAAUAAAACAAAAAAUCAAUAUGAAUUAAUUAGUCAAUCAAAAUUUCGUGCAAUUCUUCGAGAUUCACAAAUUAAUUCAAAAAAAUUACCAAUCAUUAAUGAAUUAUCAUCAACUUCUCAUCCUAUGACAUCUCAAUAUAGUAAUAUAAUAUCAAAAUCUAUUGUUGCAUUACUUAAAUGUGAUUUACGUCGUAUUAUAUUUAUAAAAGAAAAAUUAUUUGGUCAACAAUUACCAUUAACAAUUCGACAAUUUAUUUGGACAGAAUGUUUACUUCGAUUUGAAAAGGAACCACUUGAAAAUGAUUUUAAUUUUGUUGAAUUUCAAGCAAGACGUGAUUUUGCUGCUGGUGUUACACGAGGAAAACAUGAACUUAAAUUAAAAAAUCCAUCAAAUACACCAGUAACAAAUGUAAUUGAAAAUGCUGUUAUCGAAACAUAUAGUAAAAUUCAUGCAUUACAUCCAUAUCUUGAAGAACAACAUUUACGAUUUACAAUUAAAAUUUUAAAUAUUUUAUAUACAUAUAGAAAAGAUUAUCAACCUUAUUUUAUAUAUUGGUUAUUACCAUUUCAAUUAUCUUAUAAUAAUAAUGAAAAUAAAAAUGAAGAACUUUAUAUUAUUGCUAUGCAUUUUAAUUUAUUUAUUCAUCAUUGUUUUUUACAAUGGUCAAAUAUAUAUACAAUAGCAAAUGAAAUAAUGAUUGAUUUAUCUACAAAUGAUCAAGAAUUUUAUGAACAUUUAAAAUCAAUAUCAAAUAUACGUAAAAAAAACAUUAAUCCAAAAGAUUUUUUUAAAGAAAUUAUUUCAUUAGAAAAUAUAUCAAAUAAUAAUUCUAUACAAUAUACAAAUGAUUUAAUAUCUGAUCCAGUUAUAUUUCUUCGAAAAUGGAUAAGUCAAAUGUUUGUUGGUAUAAUUAAUUGUAAUUCUGUACUUUAUUUAUGGGAUCAAUUUUUUAUGAUAAAAUGGAAUAUAAUUUAUAUAAAAUAUGCAACAAUAACUAUAUUAUAUUUAUUACGUAAUCGUUUUAUGUAUGCAAAAGAUUAUAAUGAUAUGAGAAAAAUUUUUCUUGAUGAACCAUAUCUUUUACAUACAUUAGAUAUUCAACGAGCUUUUAUUCAUCUUGCUAUUAAAAAUUAUAAUCCGAAAUAUAUAUCAGAUAUGAAUCAACGUUUAUAUAUAUCGAAAUCAUUAAAUAAUAUUCGAUAUUUAACAAAUAAACAAAAAACAUAUUUAGAAACAAUGGGUAUAAAAGAUAUUUCAUUAAAUUUAAUUAUACCUAUAACAGACGAUUUUCAACAAGAAUUUAAUUAUAAAUCAUUAAUUGUUGAAAUUCAAAUACAUGAAGAUGUAGAAAUAUUAAGUGUUAUUUCAACAAAAUCAAUUCCUAUAAUUCAAAAUCAACAAACAAUACAUAAAUGGCAGAAAAUUACAAUUGACAUACCAAAUGAUAAAUUAAUUGUAUCAAUUCGACAAUCUCAUCAAUCAUUAAUACCUACUCGUAUUCAAGCGCUUGUUCUUGUCCAUCAACGAUUGGAUGCUGUUACUCAAAAAACACUUGGUUAUUGUCGUUUUCCAUUAUAUAUUCCACAAAAAAUUGGUAAUUUAGAUACAUGGGAAGUAACCUUUGGACCCGUAAAACGUGCUUUACAUCCUGGAGUACCUAUACUUUCAAUUGAUAUGAUACCUGAUAUACCUCAAGUCUUUGUAGCAGAUACAAUUGGUCCAGGUUCGACCAUUUCUCUUGUUGUUUUUGAUCCAAAAACUGAACAAUAUUCUUAUUCGAAUAAUUCAUCGUUAUAA